UUCCACACAACCCCCAACUAUGGGUCUUCUGCAACAGAAGAAGUCCUCGAAAAACUUCCUCUCACCGGUUUCGCGUGGUCUGAAUGGCAGGCUUAUCUCAAGCAUACUCACGGAGAGCGGGGCGGUUGACUCGGCCGGAAACUGCACCAUUCACGACGACGACCGUGGAGUACAUGGACACUUUGGUGUCCUGGCGGCGCUUCAAUCCUCGAUAGAUACGAGCUGGUUGUCCUCUCUUACGGUCCAGUUUUCUUUGACGACCGCCGAAGAAAUGGCCAGCCUAGGGACGAACACCCGGAGGCUUACACAUGUCCUCGAAAAAACUCCCAGCAUUCGCGUCCUUUCCCUGACUUUGGACAUUCAGUCGUGGCAGUCGUGCUCAUCCGACCACACUGGCAACGUGCAACACUUUGGAGACGAAGCCUUCUCGGCUGCCUUCAACGAGCUACUCUCUGUGAUUGCAAGACUGCCCCAUCUCCAGUCUCUCGAGAUUAACACUCCGAUUAAUGUACCUGUUUCAUUGGGCCCAGCCAGACUUGGUCCCGCGAUCCCGCAUGCGGCCAAAUCGCUAUUCACCAGAAACAACCCGAUUACGCAGCCCUUGGACUAUCGCAUGAACUCGGCGAUUGUCGUCUUACCCGCAUACUUCAAAUCCACGUUAGCGUUUCUCUCCUCGCGCGCGAUUUCUUCCUUGCACAUUGAAAUGACCCUAUCUCCGUCGGAUUGGUCGUUCCUCCUCCAGGAGAUUGCCAACAUACUCCCACAACUUCCUGAACUCACUCUCAUUGGCGUCAACGUCACUAAGACCCAGUUUACGGCCGUUAUCUCACGUUUUCGGAUGCUCCGGACGCUGAAAACGGACCUCGGGUUCUUAGAGCUAUCAAUGGCGCACGUGAAACUCACGCACGAAAGGGAGAGAAGCUUAGCUCCUCCCAGUCCAAGCAACUGGCCAAAACUUUCCCAACUUUUACCUUCCGCCUCGCGCAAGCUAAGCCACUUGACGGCUAUCUCGGCGCGUCUGGAGCAUCUAGCGGCGCUGCUCGGGCGGGUGCUUCUGCCUGCAUUAUUGGAGGUCGAUCUUGAUGGCUGCCCUCAAAUCACACCCAGAUCCGCUCAGAUGAUGUGCAAAUCACUUGACCUUGCGGUUAUGGACCGACCUCUUUGGGAUAGCGCAGUUGCAAGGUUCAGAGAAUGCCGCAUUCGGCAAAUGGAUAUCACAUCGCAAGGUGCGACCGCAUUGGCUAAAUGGCUGGCGCUCUUCUCUAGGCUGACGAGAGUGGUCUUUGUGGAUCACGACAAUCUGCCGUUCGGAUUUAAAAGCCGCCUCGCGACAGAGAUUCUGCAUGGGUCUCACGUGGAAAACAUCUACUUUGGGCAGGCAUUGUGGAAGAGAGACGUGAACCAGAGCAAACAGCAACCCCACCUUUUGGAUUUUCCCGACGAGCUUCUGCUCCUCAUUUUCCCAUAUCUCAACUCCGAAUUAUAUUCGUUGUCCCGCUUGUCGAAACGGCUACACUUUCUGGCUUUGCCUGAGUAUUUCGCAAGGCACGGGAUAAGCCAACCCAGCCUUGCCCUAAACUCAGCGUUAUUUAUCACAUCCAUCCGCGACAUCACGUGCAAUUUCAAGCUCAGCCAGUCGAUGGCUUGGUACUUGCACGACAUCGAGCGACUUAGAUCUUUCAUUGCGCGGUUUCCCAGUGUUUCUGCUGUUGCACUUACCCUCGUCGACCUGGAGCACCUUGAGGCCGCAGCAGUGAAUGACAAAAUGCGGGAUUUGUAUCGCCAGCAGAUCGGCCACCUUAUCGACACUAUUCUUUCCAAGGGUUGUGUUGACCUGUCAAUUCGUGGCGCGCCACUAGCCCGUCCAGGCGGUGCCGAACCGAUAUGGUCAUCAGAAACUCAAGAGAUGCACCUUUCGAACGAGACGAACAGCCUUUCUUCGUUUUCUUUCUCACAUACCAGCCGACUUUCGCGGUUUGGCUUGCGUUGGAUGUUCUCUGCUCUCCGCCGGUCAAAUAUAAGCGCACUCACUAUUUCCGCCCCACGGGACUCGGAGUCAGAGCUGCUUACACUUGUUGGCGCCCUCCUGCCGAAUUUAUCAGAACUCACGAUCACCCAUGGCGGCGAUUACUUCCCCGCGACGUUACUUAACCUGCUCAAUGUCCUUCCCUUGUUGGAAAAACUUGUCCUUCCUCGAGCAUGGCCCGCUAUUGACGAUGCAACUGGGCUCCCAGCGCCAGAACUCGCUCACCUGAAGCAUCUUAGCGCUCCACCAUCAGUGGUUCUCCAUCUACUUGGACACUCGCCCCGGCAGCCCCCGGCUAACGCGCCGCUGCCGGUCUUGGAGACGCUUGUGCUUGUCCUCAGCGAAUGGCAUCCGUUUCCGGAAGGCUGGAGCGCCGCAGGAAUCUUAAGCGCGGUUACCCAUCGGACUCCCCCAAUCGAUCAGCCUCACAAGCAGCUGAACAUCGUCCUUGAUGUCGCUUACUCGACACUACAAGAGACGUUUGCGUGGUGGGACCGCAUCGGCGGCUUUUCCACUGACCGGGAUCGUGACUUUCCUCCGAUCGAGUCUCUCGACCUGACGGAACGCGGGGUCAACAGUAAUGCCGACAAUCAGCUCCGGACGCGUGUUGUGUUGGCCGUCGUCGCGCGACUGCCUUCGCUGCGACGGAUGAACAUGUACAAAAAGGUGAAUUUUUGGUUCUUGGCAUCACCUUUGGACUGGGUGACAUUGGGUCUCGCUAUCGCGGAGCAUGCUCCGAGGAUAGAGACGAUUACAUUUAAUGGGACUAUGGUCUAUAGUUGA